AUGAGGGGAUUACAAACACCUCAAGUGCCCAUGAACAUGAUGCAGCAAAGCCAAGCACCAAUGUACAUGCAAAUGAUGCAACAGGGGCCUCAAGCACCAAUGUACAUGCAAAUGAUGCAACAGGGGGUGCCUCGAGUACCAAUGUACAUGCAAAUGAUGCAACAGGGGGUUCAAGUACCAAUGCAGCAACAACAAGAGCAAAUGUACAUGCAAAUGUUACAGCAAGCUCAAUACCAAUUACCAAUACAGCAACAACAAGAGCAAAUGCAAAUGUUACAGCAAGGCCAAGCACUAAUGCAACAGCCAACGCAAAUAAGGCCAAAUUUAAUGAAUCAAAAAAAAUCACAACAAACUGACCGGUUACUGUUAAAAAACCCAGAAAAGCCGCUGCAAGAACUAAAUAAAUUGCAUUUAAAAGUGGAAAUGGAAAAACAAAUGUAUAAGGAAAUAGAAUCUCGCGUACGAAUAAGAACUACCACAAAAGACUUAAUAAUAAAGCACCUAAAAUCAAAACUAGACAACUCCCACAAAGAUAAGAGUGACAUGAGAGAAAACAGACGAAAAUAUAGGAUAAAAAACUGGCAAACUAAACUGAAAAGUUUGUCUGG